GCGGUUGCAAAAUGCCGGCGUUGGGAUCGCUGGCUAUGGGUGCUUGGAUGGUGCCGCCUCUUCUCCUCCUGGGACGUGGUUGGGAUUUGCAUGGUUCUUUCUUUCCCAGGAGCGCAGCUGAUGCCUCUCCCUCCAGCCAGGCUUUUCCCAAGUGGGAUUUUUUGGGGGGCUGGGUGAUGCAAAAUUGAUAAAAAGGUUUCAAAUCUGCUCUGGUGCCACUGGAAGCCCAUCUGUCGCCAUCCUCGCCGACACUGCUUGCCCUCAUAACCAGGGUCAUGGUUGGACCCAAAGGGCUGCUGGAAUUCUGGGAACGCCUCCCUGGAGGCUGCUGGCUGGGAAUGUGGCCAAAAAAUCUCCGACCGCUGGUGCUUCACUGCAGCCAUCACCCAAACCCGGCCCAGCUCUCCGAGUCUCAACUGAUUCCUGAAACUGGGAAUAGAUACCAUGAGCACGCGCUGCUGGGCUGGAGUGGCUCUUGGGGUGCUGCGGGGCGCAUGGUUGGGGCGUUAAAGAGGUGUUUUCUGUGCAAGGUGGUGUUUUUCCAAUGAGGGAAAGUGUGAGGACUCCAUCGUCUUCCCAGCAUCGUCAAAACCCUCUUGUCUUCCCUGAAAUCCGCUGUCCCCUCUGCUCCGGUGCCGUGAGCAGGAGGUGAGUGUCAGCAGAGCGGAUGCAAUGCCAACCGGGAGGUAAAGGAGCAAGGAAAGGGGGUCCAUGCGGCUCCUCUCCUCCUGCUCCGGUGGAGUUUGGCACCUCGCAGCGGGAGAACUGCUGGCUGCGGUGUCCUGCUGCGCUGAGCUGCUUCUCCGGGAAACCAUGGAUGGUGAGAGCAAAGGGGCCUGGCAGUGUGGGAGCGGAGAACCAGAUUCCGUGUCUCCUCUCCUCCGUCUCCCGGCCAGGCUGCAGACAAACAAGCUGGGCAGGGAGGGGUUCACUUUAUUCCGGCUGCGCUUCCGCCUCCUGCACCUGCGUCGGUCUCCCUAAAAGCAUUCGCCGCACCCAAAAAGCUGUUUUCCUCCCCCGGUGGUCCAGAGCAUCUGGGUCCAACGCCCAGCUCGUGUCUGGGCAUCCCUUGGCCUCUUCGGUGCAAAGAAGGACAGAUUUGGUGCAGCCUCGCCCGAGCGGUGUGUGUCUGGGUGUUUUCCUGGUGGUUUGACCCAGGUUUGGCAGCACCGGUGCCGGGUGGGAAGGCACUGGCUGCUCUUUGCUUCGUGUCCCGAGCGAUCCGUGUCAGCUGGGUGGUGGGGGUGAUCCAGGAGCCAGGGGGUUUUGGGGUCGGCUGGGAUGGAAAGCACCCACAUGCCAUCUCUGGCUUGAUUUUUUGGCUGCGGAUGUGGCAAUGGGCCGGCGCUUGUUCCUUAUCGCAGCAAGCAAUUUCCUUGGCAGCGUCCCACCCUCACCUGGGCUUGACAGGAUGGGGAGGGCGAAUUCAGAUCCCAGUGCUUGUAAACAAAGCUGCGAGUAAGAGCACGCGAAGGGAUUGCCGGCGGCUCUGCUGGGCUUGUGCUGUGCCGAGGCUGCUGCCCUGCAUCGCUCGCCGCUCCGUGCUCCUACCCUGCAUCCCGUUCGCUUUAGGCAGCGCGGAGGUGCUGGGCGAUGCUCUGCAUGCGGGAGCUGCCGUGAACCAUUUUCCCUGCUGUAAAACCACGAGUGCUUCUUCCAUCUUCCCAAAGGCUUGGAGAACUUCUGCUUCCUGACUAAAAUUUCCAACUUCUUGGGUCUUGCCAUGGAAAAUACUCCCUGGAGUAAAAGUAUCAGUGGCCGGUGCUGGUGAGAGCUGGCAGAGCCAUGGGAGGUUUCUCUUAGAUCACGGUGCAGUUGUGGAGCCCUCAGCACAGGAAGAACAUGGAGCUAUUUGAGUGAGGCCAGAGGAGGCCACGGAGAUGAUGCGAGGGCUGGAGCACCCCUCGUAUAAGGAUAGACUGAAAGAGUUGGGGUUGUUCAGCCUGGAGAAGAGGAGGCUGCGGGGAGACCUUUAGAGCUGCUUCCAGGACUGAAAGGGGCUCCAGAAGAGCUGAGGAGGGACUCUGGAUCAGGGAGUGCAGGAUUGGAACGAGGGGGAUGGUUUUGUGCUGCAAGAGGGGAGAUUGAGAUGAAAUCUUAGGGAGAAAUGUUUUGCUGUGAGGUUGGGGAGCCCCUGGCCCAGGUUGCCCAGAGCAGUGGUGGCUGCCCCAUCCCUGGAGGGGUUCCAGGCCAGGUUGGAUGGGGUUUGGAGCCCCUCAUCCAGUGGGAGGUGUCCCUGCCCAUGGCAGGGGGUGGGACUGGAUGGGCUUUGAGGUCCCUUCCAACCCAACCCAUUCCAUAACUGCCUGGACAGGGCAGGACGGGGUCUGGGCACGUGUUUGCGAGCCGUAGGGGAGGGCUCCUUGUUUCCUGGGAGCCCGCGCUUGUGCGAGCAGUGUACACAAAAUAUUUUGGAAACAAACAGCUGGCUUGUCGAGACUUGGAUGCGAGGAGAGCGCCUGGCAGAGGGCAGCAGGAGCACCUUGACGUCACUUUUGGAGCGCAGGAGGCUGACGUGGCCAAGGUGUGGUGAGGGGCGGGCGCCUGGCACUGAGCGGGCACUACCCUGGCUGCUGCUCGAGAGCCGCUGCCAUCGUGCACCGAGCAGCUCCUGCCUUCAGGGUCACGUUGAUAAGGACCAUGAGCGACCGAGGCGCCAGCGAGGAGAGCGUGAAGGUGCUGCGGCUGACGCUGCCCAAUGACCUCCUGGGCGACCGGCGCGAGCAGGUGAAGCAGAAGCCGGUGGGAAAAGCCUUUGCCAUGGUGGCUAACAGAUCCAGCAAUGGGCACUCCCUGGCCUCCGAGUGCAUCAAAUCCAACGAUGGCGAUGAGGAGAUCAUCAAGGUUUACCUCAAGGCACGGGCUGAGGGUGGUGUGAACCACGAGGAGCACGUCAGCCAGUUGAAAAGCGAAGUUCGUUACAUCCAAGAGGCUAGAAGUUCUUUGAAGAAGCUGCGGGAAGACUUAAGUAGUAAACUUGAGAACAGACAAGGAGAUAAACAGCGCGCACAGGUUGUGCUGGAGGAGCAGAACGGGAGCUGGUUGUGCCCCGAGAGGCUGCGCGCUGACUCCUGGGAGGAUGAGGAGGAGGACUGCUCAGGUGAAGACCUGGAGAAGAUCCGACAGACAGCAAAGAGGCUCUUCACAAGGCUGCAGGAGGCGGAGAAGCGCCAUCACUUGGAAAGGAAAGCCUUUGAGAAGGCUGUCUCGCAGUACCAGGAGGAAGCGGAGCAGACGAGCUCUGCCCUGCGGAGAGCGGAGAAGAACAUGAUGGAGAAGGAGGUGCAGGUGGAUGAGCUGCAGAGGCUCCUGGCUGGGAUGGAGAAGGAGCACAGAAGUUUGCUGCUGAAGAUGAAAGAAGGCGAAGCAGAGCUGGCGAGGCUGCGAAGCGUAGAAGGUGACAAGCUCGCCGAACAAGACCGGUCAGCCCAGCUGGAGAAGGAGGUGGCCAUGCUGCGGGAGAAGAUCCACCACCUGGACGACAUGCUGAAGAGCCAGCAACGCAAAGUCCGCCAGAUGAUCGAGCAGCUCCAGAACUCCAAAACAGUGAUCCAGGGCAAAGACACCAUGAUCCAGGAGCUCAAGGAGCGAGUCGCUUACCUGGAGGCUGAGAACCUGGAGAUGCACGACCGCAUAGAGCAUCUGAUCGAGAAGCAGGUCAGUCGGGGCGGCCCCAGCUCCAGAGUACGCUCCAAGUCGGAAUAUGUGAGCAGCAAAAGGCUGUCGGGUCCCAAGCCGCUGCCUCUCAUUCGAGUAGUGGAAACAUGAGUUCCGAGGGCCAGUCCGAGCUGAUGACUCUCGCCUUGUUAUCGUUGACUGGAUUUCCCUGCUUGACUGCCAUCCUCUGGCCUCUGUGCUCCCGGAGUCCCCCCGGAGCUGUUGGCGAGGGCUGAGCCCUGCAGAGCUGCGGCAGCCAAGGGUAGAUGGAGCCGGGGCCGUCCUGGCAGAGGAAGGAGGUUUGUGAAGCGCCCACAUCGCUGUCCCCACUGGGUCCUGAGGUCAUACGGAUGCCAGUUUGGAGGGUAGGACCUGGCCCCGGCGUGGACACGGCGGCUCUCUGGCCGGAUAGCCAGACUCGCUUUCCCUGGUCAGUCUGGGGGUCGCUCCGUGAGAGCAGCCGCUGCUUCUGAAGGGCUUCAUCCGAACAGAGCCCCCGCUUCAGCUUGCACCUUGCCAACACGGACUCGGCGUUUAACCUUUUUGUGGUUAAAAAAAAAAAAAAGAGAAAAAAAAAAGUCCCUCUUCCAAAGCAGAAAGAAAUCCUCCCAAAACUGGAAUCCUUCCUACACCACUGCCCAACCCGUGACAAGUUGGGAGCCUCCACCUCCCGUCUCCAGCACAUAUCUGGCUACUCCGGACUUGGCAAAGGCUCAGGUGGCCCAAAAUUCACUAUCACCAUGCUUUUCGCAAGAGCGUAGAGAAAUUGUACCCAACGCACGUGUAGUGUUUAAACGCAGAGGUGGUUGGGUUCGUUACCUGUAUUUAUUUCAAUAAAUUAUUAGUGUUUUCUGCCGAUAUGGUGACGGGCACGACGGCGGCUGUCCACCACCUCAGGAGCGCGGCGAGGACUGCCUGUCGCACACUUGAACUGGAAAACACCAUCCUGCGUCCUCAGGGCUUGCCGGUCGGUGCCUGGCGCGUGCGCGCUGUGCUCCGGGAAGGAGCUUGGGUGCAGCGAGAGGAAGGGUGCUGGUGUCUGUACCGGUGUUCACACGGAAAUACAUGUCUUAACCCCGCCGCCUGCAGUC